AUGUUGGCGGGCGUGCCAUGGGCGGAGGAGGGCCUCGCCGCGGCCCCAGCCAUCCCCGGCGGCACGCCUCCUCGGGCGGGUGAGCAGUGCGCCGCCGCAGGGUCCAUGCGGCGGAACAGGGGCCAUGCUGCCAGCCACGUCACAAAACUGCUGCCACGUUAUAGCAAUACCGGUCUGCGAACGCCUCGUAUUAGUUUACCUUCUCUAUCCACCGCCCUUUCAUCUUCCCGAUAUUUCCUCCUACCCCCAAAUAUCGCCGCACCGUCAUCCUCGUCGUCCUGCAUCCUCGCCUUGGGGGAGCCGCGCCUGGAGCGAAGCGGGGACCCGCGCCGCCCGGUGGUUCGUCCUCGCUGCCGGGGGGAGCCGCGCCUGGAGCGAAGCUCGAACCCGCGCCGCCCGGCGAUUCGUCCUCGCCGCGGGGGGAGCCGCGCCGGGAGCCAGGCGGGGAUCCACGCCGCCCGCGAUUCUUCCUCGACGAGGGGGAGCCGCGCCGAGAUCCAGGAGGGGAUCACGUCGCCCGGCGAUUCAUCCUCGUCGAGGGGGAGCCGCGCCGGGGAUCCAGGAGGGGAUCACGCUGCCCGACGAUUCGUCCUCAACGAGGGGAGCGCUCCGGGGCGGGCUCGACUGCGAUUCAUCCUCGGCGACUGGAGGCGCUGCGAAGGGAGGCACGACUCCACGCGGGGCCCUGCACUCCAGUGGUGCACCGAAGGUGCUGCAUCCUCGUCAAGGUUCCAUGUUUUGGGAGCUAUGGUGAUUCAGUUAUCGAGACGCAGGCAGUCUGUGUUGAACCUGUGCAGUGUUUUUGGGACCAUUACUAAAUCCCCUAUUGAGGAAGGGAAGGACGACUCCCCGCGUGGGCCUGCACUUCAUUCACUGGAAGAUGCAAAACCACUACGUGAAUGCAUAUCCUACUACCUACUAACACAUGCAUGCAAUGAAAAGUACAACAGCCUUGUAGACAUAAAAAAAAUACUAACCAUGCAUGGUGUGACCAUUGGAUUCUAUCAGUGAAGAUGUUGUUUUAUGGUUUAAAAUAAUAGCUAUAUUCGAUGAAGAAUAUGAACAGAGCUAUUAGUUUUUUAGAUGAUUAUAUAUUCUAGAAUGACAGCGAAUCAGUCUUCUUUUUAUUUAUUUCUACUGUAAACCUAAAUUUAGAGAUUUUUUGAGAUUUAAUAAUAAAUCUGAGUUCUACAUUCAUAUGGA